GGACCAGCAGCGAGUGCCAUGCAAGGCUCCUGCUGCCAGCCCAGGGUGGCUCUGAGGGGACGCUGUGGGCACAGCCCGGCUCUGCAGCCUCACAGCCGCGGGCUCUGACAGAUCCUGCCUGUGCGGGGAUGAAAUAAACGCUGCCGGAGCCGCUCCGGGACGGGAUGAGUCAAUUCUGAGAGGCUUCUCCGUGGCUUUGGUUGUGUCUGACCCAGCUCAGCACGGCUCAGAUGCUCUCCCUGCUGCGCCCAGGGUCGGGUGGGCAGCAGGGAUGAAGCAGAAGUGAACGUGGGAUGCGGAGCCGCGGCUUUCCGGGAGCGGAACUCGCUGGAUGUUCUCAGGGCGCUGCUCCGGGGUUGGAGAUCUCCACCACGCUGGUGAUGUUCAGCCCGUCCUCUGCCGUGACCCCCUGCACCUCCCCGCGGGUGCCCCAGGCCGUCCCCAUGGACCUGAGGAUCGGGCAGCGCGUGGUGAAGCCCCAGGACACGGCUCUGCUGGCCCUGAAGCAGCAGCAGCUGCAGCACCAGCUCUUCCUGGCCAGCCUGCACCAGCAGCAAGUGGAGCAGCUCGCCCAGCAGCACGUCCGAGUGGCCAUGGAGUCCCCGCACCGCGAGGCUGAGCCGGGCCAGCAGGAGCAGGAGCUGCGGCAGAUCCUCAACAAGGACAAGAGCAAGAGGAGUGCCGUGGCCAGCACGGUGGUGAAGCAGAAGUUGGCCGAGGUCAUCCUGAAGAAGCAGCAGGCGGCUCUGGAGAGGACCAGCAACGCCCCCGCUGCUGCCCUGCCCUACAGGUCUCUGGAGCCUCUGGAGCCCGAGGGUCCCUCCCCUGCCAUGCUCAGCACCUUCCUGUCCCCCGUGGGCAGCGCUUCACUCGAUCCCCCCGAGCAUUUCCCGCUGCGGAAAACCGCGUCCGAGCCCAACCUGAAGGUUCGGUGCAAGCCCAGGAAGUGCCUGGACCGGCGCAAGAACCCCCUGACCCGCAAGGAGAGCGCUCCCCCCUCGCUGAAGAGGCGCCCGCCCGAGGCCAUCGACUCGUCCCCCAGCAGCAGCAGCACCCCCGUGUCCGGCUGCAGCUCUCCCAACGACAGCCUGCCCGCCGAGCACCCAGCGCUGCCCGCGGCCCCGGGAGCGGCCCAUGAGACACCCCUGGCGCAGCGGCUGCUGAUGCAGGAGAGUUCACUGGCCCAGUUUGCCCUGCAGAGCGCGGCCUCCCUGCCGGCCAUCACCCUGGGGCUGCCGGCCACCGCCGGUGCCAGGGGCGAUGCCGAGCGCCGGGCGCUGCCCAGCCUGGCUCACCGCGUGCCGGUGCUCAACGGGCCGGUGCUCCCGGGCACGCACUCGCCCGUCUUCAUCCCGGCCAGCCUGGAGCAGCACGAGCCCGGUGGCCCCCUGUCCCCCCGGCUGCAGCCCGUCAUCAUCCUCGAGCCCUCGGUCAGCCACGCUCCGCUGGUGGCCGUGCCGGGCUUGGGGACCGUCCCCUUCUCCUUCGCCCCCUCGCUGAUCCCGGCCGAGCGCCUGUCCCUGCCCGGCCACCACAAACCGCUGGGCAGGACCCGCUCGGAGCCGCUGCCACCCAGCCCCAAGGCCGUGCAGCAGCACCUGCUGUUCCAGCAGCACCACGCGCAUUUCCUCGAGAGGCUCAAGCAGCAAACGCACCUGGGCAAGCGCAUGGCCAAGUCCAGCGAGAAGCCCCGGCUGCGGCAGAUCCCGUCCUCCGAGGACAUGGAGGCCGAGGGGACGCUCCCGGAGGCCGCGGCCGAGGGCGGGGACCCCGGCAGGGCACGGCUGGAGCCCCCCCGGCCCGGCAGCAGCGGGAAGGAGCCCGAGAGGACGCAGAAGAUGGGGCAGCCCCAGGAGGAGCUGGUCCUGCAGCAGGCCCUGCUGUGGGACUCGUUCCAGCGGGUGCAGCAGCAGCUCCUCAAGCGCCAGCCCUUGGCCGACCCCCCCGUGGUGCCCCCCGGCCACCGACCCCUGUCCAGGGCCCAAUCGUCCCCGGCCACGGCCAGCGCGUCCCUCCCUGCCCAGGACACCAAAGCUCUGGCCCUGCCCGUGCAGGAGCCCCAGCCACACUUCACCACAGGGCUGGUUUACGACUCGGUGAUGCUGAAGCACCAAUGCUCCUGUGGAGACAACAGCAACCACCCCGAGCACGCCGGGAGGAUCCAGAGCAUCUGGUCCCGGCUGCAGGAGCGGGGCCUGCGCAGCCGCUGUGAGUGCCUGCGGGGCCGCAAGGCCACCCUGGAGGAGCUGCAGUGCGUCCACAGCGAGCGCCACGUCCUCCUCUACGGCACCAACCCCCUCAACCGCCUCAAACUGGACAAUGGGAAGCUGGCAGGGAUCUUGUCCCAGAGGACGUUUGUGAUGCUGCCCUGUGGAGGGGUGGGGGUGGACAGUGACACCAUCUGGAACGAGCUGCACUCGUCCAACGCUGCCCGCUGGGCCGCUGGCAGUGUCACCGAGCUGGCCUUCAAGGUGGCCACCAGGGAGCUGAAGAACGGUUUUGCCGUGGUGCGGCCGCCCGGACACCACGCGGACCCUUCCACAGCCAUGGGAUUCUGCUUCUUUAACUCCGUGGCCAUCGCGGCCCGGCAGCUGCAGCAGAAGGGGAAGCUCAGCAAGAUCCUCAUCGUGGACUGGGAUGUUCACCACGGCAACGGGACCCAGCAGAUUUUCUACCGGGACCCCGAGGUUCUCUACAUCUCCCUGCACCGCCACGACGACGGGAAUUUCUUCCCGGGCAGCGGAGCCGCUGAUGAGGUGGGCGCUGGCCCCGGCGAAGGCUUCAACGUCAACGUGGCCUGGGCUGGGGGGCUCGACCCCCCCAUGGGGGACCCUGAGUACCUGGCAGCCUUCAGGACCGUGGUGAUGCCGAUUGCCCAGGAGUUCAGCCCCGAUGUGGUGCUGGUCUCAGCCGGCUUCGACGCGGCCGAGGGCCACCCACCCCCCCUGGGUGGCUACAAAGUCUCUGCCAAGUGUUUUGGCUACAUGACCAAGCAGCUGAUGAGCCUGGCCGGGGGGGCCGUGGUGCUGGCGCUGGAGGGGGGCCACGACCUCACGGCCAUUUGUGACGCGUCCGAGGCCUGCGUGUCCGCCCUGCUGGGCCACGAGCCGGAGCCGCUCCCGGAGGAGAGCGUGAGGCAGAAGCCCAACGCCAACGCUGUGCGCUCGCUGGAAGCCGUGAUCCAGGUGCAGAGUAAAUACUGGGUGGCCGUGCAGCGCUUCGCCUCCAAGCUGAGCUGCUCCUUCCUCGAGGCUCAGCACCACGAGGCCGAUGAGGUGGAGACGGUCACGGCCCUGGCGUCGCUCUCGGUGGCCGUGAUGGUGGAGAAGAGGGCGCAGGAGGAGCCGAUGGAGCAGGAGGAGCCCAUGAACCAGUGACAGCCCCCCCGGCUCCCGUUUGUCCCCCUGGACUCCUGGAAGGGACAUUCCCGCACCCAGAGGGACGGGACCGAGCCCGCAGCCUCCCCCCC